UAAAAUAGAAUCUUUUAUUAGAACAAAUUAAUUAACACAAAAUCCUUUCUAAGAAAAACUAAAGCUUUAAUCCAUUCACAGAUUACCAUAUUAUGGCACCAGGACAUGUGGUGCUAUUCAUUGGUUGUGACAUUGUGUAGCCUUUCUCUCCACUUCCCACAUCUGUCUUUGCUAAUGUUGGGACAGAACCUUUCUAAGGUAUGCCUAAUGCUUGUCUUGCAUGGGAUGCCAUCAACAUUUCUGUGUCACAGUUUCCCAUAGCCUGAACUUAUAAGAACUGAAGAUUUUUGCAGAAUCACAGUUAUGAGUGGCUGUACACUGGACCAUGAAUCUGUAGAGAUGGGCAUAUUCCCACAAAUGGGCAUGAUCAGCAAUCUUGUCUACCUCAAAGAGAUAACUUGCCAUUUAUGGCAUGAAUAGGAUCAUCACAGUACCUGCCUUUUGAUUUUCACAAACCCCUUGCAGAAUAUCAUCACCCCUGCAACUAAAUUCAGAAUUAGACAUAUUUUAAAUGUUUGCUCUCAUGUGUUUGCUGAGGGUCCACCCUCUAAAUUCUGAGAACUCUAUUGUGUCUGAAAUACUUUCCUGUCCCCAGGCUCUUCUUGAUGAGAGCAGAACAAGAAGCAACAGGCAGAAAUUGAUGCACAGGAAGUGCCACACAAACAUGAGUCAGAACGUCUUUAGCACAGCUGACUGAGCACUGGAUCAGGUAGCCCAGAGAGGUCGUGGUCUCCCUCAUGGGAGAUACUCAGCAACCACAUGGAUGCAAUCCUGUCCUGCUGAAUGGAUUCAGAAGGACCUUGACGGGCUGGAGAUUUAGGCGGAGAGAAACCUAAUGAGGUUCAACAGGGACAAGUGUAGGAUACUGCACCUGGGGAGCAAUAACCUCAAAUGUCAGUACAGGCUGGGGCUGAUGUGCUAGGGAACAGCUCCACGGAGAAGGACCUGGGACUCCUGGUGGAUGACAAGCUGACCACGAGCUGGCAGCAGCCUUGAGGCCAAGAGGGCCAGUGGUACCUGGGGUGCAUUGGGAAGUGUGGUCAGCAGGCCAAGGGAGGUGAUCCUGCCUCUCUGCUCAUCCCUAGGGAGGCCACAUCUCCAAUGCUGUGUCCAGUUUUGGGUUUCUCAGUACCUGAGAGACAAAGAGCUACUGAAGAGGGUCCAGCAGGGAUGACGAGGGGUCUGGAGCAUCUCUGUUACGAGGAGAGACUGAGGGAGCUGGGCCUGAUUAGUCUGGAGAAGAGAAGACAGAGUGGAUCUCAUCCAUGCAUACACAUUUCCCAGCGGCAUUUGCCAAGAGGAUGGUGCGAGACUCUUUUCCGUGGUGCCCUGUGACAGAGUGAGGGCAGCUGCAAACUAAAAUACGACGAGUUCCACCUCAACAUGAGGAAGAACUUCACGUGGAGGGUCGCAGAGCACUGGAACAGGCUCUGGCCGUGAGUUCUCCCUCUCCGGAGACAUUCCAAACCCGCUCGGGCGGGUUCCUGUGUGAGCCGCUCCUUGGCAGGGGGUUUGGACGAGAUCCAGAGAUCUCCUCCAGCCUUAAGGAACCUGUGGUUCUGCGGCGCGUGCUCUGAGACAACGCCGCUUCGGCAGGGCAAUGGGACCGGCAGCCAGAGCGCCCCACACCGGCCCGGCGCAUCCCGGCGGAUCCCGAUCCCGGGACUUAGCGACUCCUGGGGGCGGGGCUUGGGCCGAGCCAAUGGGCGGCCGGGCGGGCCCGUGACGCCGCGCGGGCUAUGGUGGCUGAGUAGUGACACGUCUCCUUGCGCGGCCUGCGAAGGGGCGGGCGGGCCAGCGAGCCUGCGAUCUCGCGGGAUCCCGGGCGGCGACACCGGGGAGCCGCCGGCGGCAGCGGCGGCGGGGACGGGCGGCCGGCUCGGCCAUGGCGGGGCAGCAGUUCCAGUACGACGACAGCGGCAACACGUUCUUCUACUUCCUCACCAGCUUCGUGGGGCUCAUCGUCAUCCCCGCCACCUACUACCUGUGGCCGCGGGACCAGCACGCCGAACAAAUUCGAUUAAAGAAUAUAAGGAACGUAUAUGGAAGGUGUUUGUGGUACCGCUUGCGACUGCUGAAACCACAGCAGAACAUAAUUCCUACAGUGAAGAAAAUAGUCCUUCUUGCUGGCUGGGCAUUAUUUUUAUUCCUUGCAUACAAAGUUUCCAAAACAGACAGAGAGUAUCAAGAGUACAACCCUUAUGAAGUGUUACUUUUGGAUCCUGGAGCAAGUAUAUCGGAAAUAAAGAAGCAGUACCGUGCACUGUCCCUAAAAUACCAUCCAGAUAAAGGAGGAGAUGAAGUCAUGUUCAUGAGGAUUGCUAAGGCCUAUGCAGCCUUAACUGAUGAAGAAUCAAGAAAAAACUGGGAAGAAUUUGGUAAUCCAGAUGGACCACAAGCUACAAGCUUUGGUAUAGCUUUGCCAGCUUGGAUUGUGGAUCAGAAAAAUUCAAUUUUGGUGUUGUUUGUAUAUGGAUUAGCAUUUAUGGUUAUUCUUCCAGUUGUUGUGGGCUCUUGGUGGUACCGAUCAAUACGAUACAGUGGAGAUCAGAUUCUCAUCCGAACAACUCAAAUAUAUACAUAUUUUGUCUAUAAAACCCGGAACAUGGACAUGAAACGGCUUAUCAUGGUUUUAGCAGGAGCAUCUGAAUUUGAUCCUCAGUACAAUAAAGAUGCGACGAGCAGACCAGCAGACAACAUCCAGAUACCUCAGCUAAUCAGAGAAAUUGGUGGCAUAAAUUUAAAGAAGAAUGAGCCUCCUCUCACCUACCCUUACAGUCUGAAAGCCAGAGUUCUGCUGUUGACUCAUCUUGCCCGGAUGCAAGUUCCUGAAGUUCUUGAAGAAGAUCAGCAGUUUAUCCUUAAGAAGAGUCCUGCACUACUUCAAGAAAUGAUUAAUGUGAUCUGCCAGCUAAUAAUAAUGGCUCGAAGCAGGGAAGAAAGGGAGUUCCGUGCUCCAUCUUUGGGAUCUUUGGAAAAUUGCAUGAAGCUUUCCCAGAUGACAGUCCAGGGACUUCAGCAGUUCAAGUCUCCCCUUUUACAGCUGCCUCACAUUGAAGAGGACAAUCUGAGGAGAGUUUCCAAUCAUAAAAAGUACAAAAUCAAAAGUAUUCAGGAUUUGGUGAGUUUGAAAGGCUCAGAUCGGCGCAAUUUACUGCACUUCCUAGAAGAUAAGAAAUAUGAAGAAGUUAUGGCUGUCCUUGGCAGCUUUCCAUAUGUCACUAUGGAUAUAAAACCACAGGUUUUGGAUGAUGAAGACAGCAACAACAUCACAGUAGGUUCUCUUGUCACUGUUUUGGUCACAUUAACAAGACAGACUAUGGCAGAAGUGUUUGAAAAGGAGCAAUCUAUAUGUGCAGCAGAAGAGCAACCAACAGAAGAUGGGCAAGGAGAUGCCAGCAAAGUUAAGAGCAAAGGAUGGCAACAAAAGAAUAAAGGAACCAAGAAAGCUUCAAAAUCAAAGAAAAAGAAGCCAUUGAAAAAGAAACCUGUGCCACCUUCAUUGCAACCACAGAAACAGCAGAAGCAAAAACAAGCUAAUGGGGAAGUCGUGAAGGAAGAGGAGGAGGAGGUCUCUGAUAAAGGAAGUGAAUCUGAAGAAGAAGAAACAAACAGGGACUCUCAAAGUGAAAAAGAUGAUGGAAGUGACAGAGACUCUGACAGAGAACAAGAUGAGAAGCAAAACAAAGACGAUGAAGCUGAAUGGCAAGAAUUACAGCAAAGUAUACAGAGAAAGGAGCGAGCCCUUCUUGAAACGAAGUCAAAGAUAACACAUCCUGUUUACAGUCUUUUUUUUCCUGAGGAAAAACAAGAAUGGUGGUGGCUGUAUAUUGCAGAUCGGAAGGAGCAGAUGUUAAUAUGUAUGCCAUAUCACGUUUGUACACUAAAAGAUAAAGAAGAGGUAGAGCUGAAGUUCCCAGCACCAGGCAAGCCUGGAAACUAUCAGUACACAGUUUAUUUAAGAUCAGACUCAUAUAUGGGAUUGGACCAGAUUAAACCAUUGAAGCUGGAAGUUCAUGAAGCAAAACCAGUGCCAGAAAAUCACCCGCAAUGGGAUACAGCAAUAGAGGGUGAUGAGGACCAGGAAGACAGUGAGGGCUUUGAAGACAGUUUUGAGGAGGAAGAGGAAGAGGAGGAAGAUGAUGAUUAAACAAACUAUUGAUUGACUACAAUAUCUGCACACAGUGCAAACUCUUGGUCUGACUGUGGAACUUGUACAAUUAACCAAGAAACACAGUACAGAAGCUUUGAGAAGGCUGAGUUUAAAUUUUCUUUACCAAUUAAGAGUGCAUUAUGUAACUUCUCAGUGGAGGUGAAACAAAUCUGUUGCCAUUGAUACACCUUGGAAUAUGCUUAUGGCUCAUUAUAGCCUUCAAAGUGCAGGAUGGUGCAUUUGUUUCAAUUGAAAAUAAAAGCUUUUUUAUUAUAAAUGUCCAAAAGUGUGGGCUAUGUAUUGUCUGAUCAGUUUAGGGUCCAAUUUAAAUAAAAGGUACUAUUAGCUAGGAGCAAACUUUCAAUCAAUUUUUCUGCAUUAGGAAUUUAUUUUAGAAAAUGUUUUGGUAUAUUUGACAUUACAAAUCUCUGUUGAUUGAAGCAACAUUUGCUCAACUUUCAAACUUGAUUGGUUCUGUGGUAUUCAUUAACUAUUUUGCUGUGAUACUGCUCACAUCAUUCAUAGCUUUAAGAAUCUGUUUUACUUAACUUGAUCAUUACAAAUUGGCAUCAUAUCCAUUGCCACAUUCUAUAUAUUCCAGAGGGCUGCUUUUUUAGGACUGUUGCCUUUUUAUGCCCGAGAUUAUAAUGGAAAUCCUAAACUUUCUUGACUCUGCCAUAGGAUACUUACUAAUGGCUUAAAACAUUUUUAAGCCUUUAUUUUGUCAGAUCAGCAGGAGAUCUGAGUCUUUUGAUAAACAGAAUGUCUGUAAGUAAUUUUGGGACCACGUGUUAUGUAAGUUAGUGGCUUUUGUGUAAUACCUUUAUAAAAGGUACAUGCUGAAAGCCGAAGUAUAUUCUUAAUUCUGAAUCUACCUGACACCGCCAGAAACAUUUUAAGGGUAAAAUACAACAUGCAGAGAAGGCAUGUUUUGUAUCAGUUUUGAAUUCCCAUCAAUAAACUGGACAAUUUGA